CUUCCAAAAACUUUAGGUGGGGUGGGGGGAAGGGAGGAGGGGGUGGGUGGGAGGGGGGUAGAUACGGGUUUGGGGGGUGUGGUGGGAAGGGUUUCGCUGUGACUGGAAUGAGAGGCGAUCGGCCAGCGUUUGAGCAAGUGAGGGAGGGAGGUCUUUAAAGGGGGUGGGGUGGGGGGGGUGGGGAGAGAGAAUUUUUUUUUGUUUCGGGAUCACCCCGUGGAGUGGCGAUCGAGGGGAGGGAAAACGUCUGCUGUGAGACGGGAGAGGCUGCGGGUGCGCGCCCGGUUGCUGGAGGCGGCACCAUGCAACAACCGCAGCAACAGUACGAUUUCUUCAGCGAGGACAAUGCGCCCAAAUGGCGGGGUCUGCUCGUUACUGCUCUGCGGAAGGUCCAACAACAAGUACAUCCCAAACUUAAAUCUACUGAGGAUGCCUUACAGUAUAUUGAAGAGCUAAUCCUACAGUUACUAAGCAUGCUCUGUCUAGUUCAGCCUCGCAGUGUUCCAGAUGUGGAGGAACGGGUGCAGAAAUCAUUUCCACAUCCAAUUGACAAGUGGGCCAUAGCAGAUGCUCAAUCUGCCAUAGAAAAACGCAAACGUAGAAGUCCCCUUUUGUUGCCUGUUGAUAAGAUUCAUCCUCUUCUGAAGGAAGUUCUUGGAUACAAAGUUGACCAUCAAGUUUCUGUUUACAUCGUUGCAGUGUUAGAAUACAUAUCUGCUGACAUACUUAAGCUGGCAGGCAAUUAUGUGCGAAAUAUACGGCACUACGAAAUUACCCAACAGGACAUUAAAGUAGCAAUGUGUGCUGAUAAGGUACUAAUGGAUAUGUUCCAUCAAGAUGAGGAGGACCUAGGUGUGAUAGAAGAAGAACCCAUUAACACUGGUGAACAAGCGUACUAUGAUUUAGUGAAGAUGUACAUGUCUGAGAUCCGGCAAUAUCUAAGAGAAUUGAAUCUCAUCAUCAAAGUCUUCAGGGAACCAUUUGUAUCAGAUGCAAAACUGUUUUCUUCAAACGAUGUAGAAACUAUAUUUAGCCGUAUUGUGGAUAUCCAUGAGUUGACUGUAAAAUUAUUGGGCCUAAUUGAAGAUACUGUGGAAAUGACAGAUGAAGGUAGUCCCCAUCCCUUAGUGGGAAGCUGUUUUGAAGACUUAGCUGAGGAGUUAGCAUUUGAUCCAUAUGAAAACUAUGCACAGGACAUAUUACGACCUGGCUUUCAUGAUCAUUUCCUCAGCCUUCUAUCAAAGCCUGGUGCUGCAUUCUACUUGCAGUCAAUUGGUGAAGGUUUCAAAGAAGCCGUGCAGUAUGUUCUUCCCAGACUGUUAUUGGCACCCGUUUACCAUUGUUUGCAUUAUUUUGAACUUCUAAAGCAAUUAGAAGAGAAAAGUGAUAAUGAAGAAGACAAAGAAUGUUUAAAACAAGCCAUAACUGCAUUGCUUAACUUGCAGAGCAGUAUGGAAAGGAUUUGUUCAAAAAGCCUUGCAAAGAGAAGGCUGAGUGAGUCUGCCUGUCGCUUUUAUAAUCAACAAAUGAAAAGCAAACAUCUGGCAAUUAAGAAAAUGAAUGAAAUCCAAAAAAACAUUGAUGGCUGGGAAGGCAAGGAUAUUGGACAAUGCUGUAAUGAAUUUAUAAUGGAAGGCACACUGACACGUGUGGGUGCAAAGCAUGAAAGACACAUAUUCCUAUUUGAUGGUUUGAUGAUUUGCUGUAAAUCAAAUCAUGGUCAGCCUAGAUUACCUGGCGGAAGUUGUGCUGAAUAUCGUCUCAAAGAGAAAUUUUUCAUGCGAAAGGUACAAAUUAAUGAUAAAGAUGACACUAAUGAGUACAAAUAUGCCUUUGAAGUUAUCUUGAAAGAUGAAAACAGUGUAAUAUUUGCUGCCAAGUCAGCAGAGGAAAAGAAUAACUGGAUGGCAGCUUUAAUUUCUUUACAAUACCGGAGUACACUGGAGAGAAUGUUGGAUGCCACUAUGCUACAAGAGGAAAAAGAAGAGCCACUUAGACUCCCAAGUCCUGAAGUGUACAGAUUCACUGAGCCUGACUCUGAGGAGAACAUUGUGUUUGAGGAGAAUGUACAAUCUAAAUCGGGAAUUCCCAUUAUCAAAGCUGGAACUGUAAUAAAACUGAUUGAGCGACUAACUUACCAUAUGUACGCAGAUCCAAACUUUGUUAGGACGUUCCUCACAACAUAUCGUUCCUUCUGCAAGCCUCAGGAGUUGCUUAGUCUUUUAAUUGAAAGAUUUGAGAUUCCAGAGCCAGAGCCCACUGAAGCUGAUCGGAAAGCUUUGGAGCACGGUGACCAACCUCUUAGUGCGGAAUUGAAACGGUUUAGGAAAGAAUACGUUCAACCUGUGCAGCUUAGAGUUCUGAAUGUUUGUCGUCACUGGGUGGAACAUCAUUUCUAUGACUUCGAAAGAGAUGCAGAGUUGUUAUAUCGUCUAGAAGAAUUCAUUGGGACAGUUAGAGGUAAAGCCAUGAAGAAAUGGGUUGAAUCUAUCAGUAAAAUCAUUCUGAGGAAAAAACAGGCACAAGCAAAUGGACCAUCGCAUGCUAUUACAUUUCAAAGUUCACCCCCGUCUAUUGAAUGGCACAUAACUAAAGUUGACCAAAUUGAAGCAUUUGACUUGUUAACUUUGCAUCCAAUAGAAAUUGCAAGGCAGCUAACAUUAUUAGAAUCUGAUCUUUACAGAGCUGUUCAGCCAUCAGAACUGGUAGGAAGUGUGUGGACAAAGGAUGACAAAGAAAUAAACUCUUCAAACCUCUUGAAGAUGAUACGGCACACUACCAAUCUCACUUUAUGGUUUGAAAAAUGCAUAGUAGAAACCGAAAAUUUGGAGGAAAGAAUUGCAGUGGUCAGUCGAAUAAUUGAGAUCCUACAGGUUUUCCAAGAACUAAACAAUUUUAACGGUGUGCUGGAGGUAGUUAGUGCUAUGAAUUCAUCUCCUGUCUAUCGACUGGAUCACACAUUUGAGCAAAUACCAAGUCGACAAAAGAAAAUUUUGGAGGAAGCUCACGAAUUGAGUGAAGAUCACUAUAAAAAGUAUUUGGCUAAACUCAGAUCUAUUAAUCCUCCAUGUGUGCCUUUCUUUGGAAUAUAUUUGACAAACAUUUUGAAGACUGAAGAAGGUAAUCCUGAUUUCCUGAAGAGACAUGGCAGAGAGUUGAUAAACUUCAGUAAGAGAAGGAAGGUUGCCGAAAUAACAGGAGAGAUCCAGCAAUACCAAAACCAGCCAUACUGCUUACGAGUAGAGCAAAACAUUAAGAAGUUUUUUGAAAAUUUAAAUCCAAUGGGAAACACUUUGGAGAAAGAAUUUACAGAUUACUUGUUCAAUAAGUCUUUGGAAAUAGAGCCACGGAAUGCCAAGUCUUUACCUAGAUUUGCAAAGAGGUUUAAUUACACACUGAAGUCUCCAGGUGUCCGGCCGUCUAACACUAGGCAUCCAGGAUCAGGAACCCUGCGUGGGCACCCUACACCACUACUGCAGGAACCACGUAAAAUCAGUUACAGUCGAAUCACGGAGAACGAGACUGAAAGUACAGCAUCAGCACCAAACUCCCCACGUACACCUCUGACGCCACCACCUGCUUCAGCAGCAUCCAGCUCAACAGAUGUCUGCAGUGUAUUUGGGGACUCUGAUCCAGCUAGUCCUUUCAAUUCAAGCAGUGAUACCAUAUUUUCCCCCGUUUCACUGGCCCAUGGCACAAGAUCACAAUCAAUCUCUUCAAUAAUGAGUUGCAAUAAAAAUGCUGAUGAAGCACACAUGCCCCCUCCUAUUCCACCACGUAGACGACCUGAAUCGGCCCCAACAGAAUCGUCUCCAUCUAAGAUCAAGUCAAAACAUUUGGACAGUCCACCUGCUAUACCACCACGACAACCCACAGCUAAGGUUUACUCACCUCGGUACCCAUUGUCUGAGAGGUCAUCAAUUUCGGAACCUCCUGACAGCCCUCCCAGCUUGCCACCUCGAGAGCCCGUACGAACACCAGAUGUAUUUACAGGCUCACCUUUGCCUCUGCAACCUCCUCCCAUGGGUAGAAAAACUGAGCUGCCCAACACUUUCUUCCCCAAUUCACCUACCCCUUUUACUCCACCUCUUCCUCAGAUGCCUUCACCACUUGGAACUCGCAGACAUUUGCCAUCUCCUCCUUUGCUACAAGAAGACAUUGGCAUCGCAGCUGGACCACCUGUUCCACCAAGACAGAGCUCCACAUCUCAAACAAUUCCUAAGCUUCCACCAAAAACAUAUAAAAGGGAGCACACACAUCCUUCAUUCCAUCGAGAUGGACCACCUCUGCUGGAAAAUGCCCAUUCUUCUUAGCUAUAAAGUAUUUACAUUAAACACUACAAACUCAUGGAAACUGCUGAGGAUGCAGCUUGAGGGAGAGGGUGUUUGUGGGGUGGAGACAGGCGGAAUCUAAAUGUUUCAGGCUGUAGGAAAGCUGUUAAUGCUUGGACUGUGACAUAGACCGGAGUCUCCAUCCAUUUACCUUAUGUGUUUGCAUUCAGGCAGUGGAGAACAGUUUGGACAGUUACAUGUAAAAACUGAACCAUGUUGACUUUGCCAGUAACUGAGAAUGCAGUUGUGGGGUUGUUGUACCAGUGAUAAACUCACAUCAACGAUGAAGGGUGGACUCUUGAUAUCAACUGGUCAGCAAGAGAUUUGUUAGAGGAAAAAGUGGUUUGCACCUUCAACUUAAAACACAGGAUUGAUGUUUCACAUAAUCAUGCCUUGUUUCUUUUCUGGAAAUGCAUUUUUUUGGUACCUAGAAUAUUGAGGAAAUACUAGCACUGCUUAGUGAUAACUAUAAAACUUUUUAAAAUGUGGGUACCUGCUACACCAAAGAAGCACAUUCUUUGUGAAAGUGAUUCAAGAACAAGUCUGACCAGAAAGAUUCUUCAAUGAGAAUGUAGCACCUAUCUUCAUUAAACAAAGGAAAACACAUUCAAUUUUAUCAGAAUUAUUAAUUAAGCAAAGUGAAUUUAACCCAAUGCAGUAAAAUGUGGAAACUAAUCAUUUCUGCAUUUACACCUUCAGUGAGCUCUGACAUAUUAUUCUCUUAAAUUUGCAAUUACUGACUUAAGUGACAACCCAUUUCAUAACAUCACUGCAGUUUCUGAAAUCAUCAGGCAGAAUGGAUUAGUAAAUUACUUUUAGGAAUAAUGUGUGGUGUCAUGGUUUCAUCUGGAAAUGUGGUGAACUAGAUUUGUUUGAAAAUAACCAGUCUGAUUUUAAUUAUUUCAUAAACUUCAACUAGAUUCUUGUCUUAUAGCGUUGGCUAUGAUAAAUAUUAAACUAUUUAUUCAGGUGGCCAAAUGUUCCCAUAUCUUAUGCCAUCUUAAAUUGUUAUAGGAUACAUAGGUAGAGAAGGUUGAAGCUGGAGCAGAAUCGUUAUAUAUGUUAAUUCCAAAAUAAGUGAACAAAAUACACUGAGGUUAGUAGAGGCAAGAUGCUGUUGAAGUAGCUUACGCUGCUUAAUGUAAGUCAGAUUGUGCAGUAAUUUUUGUGUUUACCUGUGAUGAAAGAGUAACAUUGCAUUCCUGAAUUGGGUCUAAGUGGGGUGACCAUUGACUCUUAUGGAUGCUUAACAAAGGCCAUGGAGUAUUCAGAUACUUUACUAUACAGAUACAGUUUUAAGAGGAUAUUAUGAAUUUUAUCCUUGGUUUAUAAUGUCCCAAAAACCACAUGACAAGAAGAGAAGUCUAGAAUAAAAUAUGACACACUGCAAUACAUAAGAAUGCUUUGUACUGCUUCAUCAACACUCUAAUAACCAAGUGAUUUAAUACUGUAGUGGCUGUUCUUGGCCUUAUUCAGUAUCCUCCAAGAUAAGUUAGAAUGUUCUGUUUUAGCUGUUACUGAUGACCUGGAUCAUCAUCUUUGCCUUAAGAAAAAAACAUCUCUUUUUAGCUUAUUAUUUAACAUUUUCAAAACACAGUUUUGUAUAAAUUAGUCAGAAUUAUCCAUUCUCAUUGUUUUCAAAUCAGCUUCAUUUCUAUUCAAAACAUAUCACACCGUCCCAUAAAGAUGGCAACUAAUUUCUGUACAGCUGUUCACCUCGUGUGACCUCAAAUGUUCAUUAAUUCCUGUAUUUGUUUUCCCAUUGAUAUUACAUAAAAUGCAUGUGGGUCAGAAAAAGGGAAUGCUGGAUGUUUAAAAUAGGAACUAUUUCAUUUUAUUCAAGCAAUGGUAGAUGCAGCAUGGGACUUAAUAGUGAACCUAAUCCUGAACUGUGGUGUUUAUAAAUGCAGAUCUAAGCAAAAGGAAACUUAAUGUUACUAUUGGUCGAAAAGUAAUGAUGUUAUGAUCUGGGUUACUCAUAAGGCUUCAUUCCAGUGUCUUACAUUUGUGGUUUGAAUAAACACACCUAAUGCAUGCUAAUUUUCAAAUAAAUCACUUAUUGCCUCUACAAUAAAUAAAUUCACCUAAACUUAAAUAUACUGUACCUAAAUAGAUUUCAUAUUGUAGGUUAUUAUGCUUUAUGCAAAAUAUUUCAGCAUAUAUGGGACAGGCAAACAACAUAAAAAUGCUAUCAUUUCAGCAGACUAUUUAAAGCACUUAGACAUGCCAAUGGCUUAUUUUUGUUCAGUUAACCUAUUGAUAUUGAUAGGGCUACCAAAUUUAAACUGUUAUGGGUAUUUACAGUAUAUAGCCCUGAAUAAAAGGCUUAAUUGGCAUUAAAUAAAAUUGUUUUUGAACAAAA